UGUGUCAAGUUAUCUGCAGUCAGAACAUGGCCAAUCAAGUACUCAUCAUUUGUGUUUUCUUAGCACUCGCCUUGGGUAUAAGUGCAAAGAUCUGCCAUUCGCCGUUUACUCAAGUUGGCAACAAAUGCUACCACGUGUCCUUACAAAAGGUAAACUGGCAUACUGCAGAUCGCAGCUGUCGAAAACUCGGGGGCGAACUAAUGGUGCUAGACGGUGAAGAGGACAAACGGCUCACAAUCGAAUAUCUCCACAGUUUGGGGCUUGCGAUCAAAGAUACUUGGCAUGAUUCCGUUUGGGCUGGGAUCGAUUGCCUGGGAACCCGCCGCAGCUUCCAUUUGUCAAAAAAUGGAGACAAUGCGGCCUUCGUGAACUGGGUGCCAUCCCAACCAGACAACGCUAUUCCCGAAGAGGACUGUGUGGCUUUCGCCCACGUAUUUGGGGUCUAUGGGUACCACGAUAUAGAGUGCAAACUCGAAUUUCCAGUGGUAUGUCAGAAGGAUUUGGCAGAUAAAUAUUUCUGCCAGAAGCAGGAACUGUUUUCAGAGGCACUUAUGUAAAAGGCUAAAAAUAAAAUGCUUAAUUCAUAC